CGACUCAGUCCGACCCGUCUCACUUUCACAUGGGCACACCCUGACAGAGCGGAAGUGACGUCUAAGAACCUAACCAUUUCACCCAUGUGUUCCACUGUAACGCCAAUGUUAUUGGUUUUACAUUGAAAAAACCAAUGCAUAAUAUACUAGGUUUUAACGGUUGAACUGUGACGUAAGUUAGCAAUGAAACUAAAGGAGUUGGAGAGUUGUCUUCAACAAGUAGACGGCUUUGAAGAGCCAAAGAUUCUUCUUGAGCAGUAUCCAACUAGUCCCCACAUUGCAGCAUGCAUGCUCUACACAAUCCACAACACAUUUGAUGACAUUGAAGGCAAACUGAUCGCAGAUCUGGGAUGUGGAUGCGGAGUUCUGAGCAUCGGGGCGGCGAUGCUGGAAGCCGGAUUAUGUGUUGGCUUUGAUAUUGAUAAAGAUGCAUUGGAUGUCGCCCGAACGAAUACAGAGGAGUUUGAAAUCUCAAAUAUAGAUCUGGUCCAGUCUGACCUCAGUGCUCUGGAAGUCGCAUAUGCUCAAAAGUUUGACACCGUUAUAAUGAAUCCUCCAUUCGGUACAAAACACAAUCAAGGCAUUGACAUGAAGUUCCUCAAGACGGCAUUAACAUUGGCAACAGUGGUGUAUUCACUUCAUAAAUCAUCAACACGAGAUCACAUACAAAAGAGAGCGAAAGACUGGGGUGUGAAGAUGGAACUUGUAGCAGAACUAAGGUACGAUCUGCCGGCUUCAUACAAGUUCCACAAAAAGAAAUCGGUCGACAUCCACGUGGAUUUUCUACGCUUCUCCAAAUCAUGAUUGUUGCCGGAAUGGAUUUGAGUAAACGGCUUUGUUUUAUAUCCCUAAUAAAUGUUCAAAAGAAAAUUGUAGUUCUCUGAGUGUUGAAACUAAGAUCCAUUUUCGGUCUUUGUAACCUUUGCUUCGGGAGCGUCAGCACUGGCGUCUUCUCGUGCUCUCUUCUUGGGGCUUGGGGGGCCUAGGAACAAACGAGAAACAUCGGAAAUGUAAUCACUGCCAAUAGACCAUCGGUAGAUGACCAAAUCCGUAGCAUGGCAAAUAACACUCCCUUACCAUCGUCUCCGUUGUCGUCCUCAAAUUUAGUCUUUUUCCCUUGGAAGUGAGAUCUGUUCUGAUCCCUGCCCCCCCGGCCACGUCCUCCUCGCCGACCCCCUCCUCUUCCUCCUCCCCUGCCUCCAAACUUUUCUCUACCUGUUAAAAUGUAAACAUUUGUCAACAUCAUACCUACCAAAUCUUCCUUUAUACACUGCUUUGUUACUUGACGGUAGAUAUCGUACCUCUGCCCUUUGUUCGGGUGUACGACUCUUGCUGAGCUUGAAUCAUCUUUUUCAAAACUUCCUUCUCGACAUCGCCCUCCAGCAACUCCCAUGCAACAUCGUCAUCCUUGAUUUGCAACGUUCCUCCUUUGGCCUCUGUCGCCUUAUCCAAAGCUUCCUUUGCUUUCCCGUCAAACAGCAGUGUACCCUUAAUGGUGUUGAGGAUAAUAUAUUAGAUGACUGUCGUCGUAUCCGCUGGUUUACAACACUCACUGUGUGGCUCCCUCACCUCCUUUGCUCCUCUUGUGAAGUCAACCCAUUUUAUUUUUCCGUGUCCGGAGAACAAUGUGUGGAAGUCCUCUCUUGAGACUUGGUCAAGUUCCCCAGAGAACUUGAGCAGGCAGCCAGUCUGUUCCUCCAGAAGCAGACCCUGCAGAGCAACCGUGUUAACGAAUGCAUUCUGACUGCUACGCAUUCUCAUUGUCCCUCAAUGUUAACAAUUAUGUGACUUACCAUUUCCUUUUCCUCAGUCUGUUUUUCUGUUUCAUCCUUGUUGCUGUUUGAUUUGGGACAUGGUUAAUAUUUUUGUAUCUACACAAAAAACAACUGUCCUGGAACAUUAAAACCUUUGUACUCACUGUUUG